AGUCAAAAUCCCUAACUGAGCAGGCGUGUACAGUCUCCUUCUCUCUCAAAGUGCGUGCUGCCGAAUCGAUGCUUGGCAGAGAUGGGAUCCUGUAUUGAACGAGAAAUUAAUGCAUUCCUUUGGUUGUCACUGAUCGCCGUCACCACCUUUUUGCUGGGGAGGUUGGGAAAGGUUUUUGGUUUAUGGAGCAAAGCUCGGCAGUUACCUGGUCCGCCUUGCAGCUCGUUCUAUGGCCACGGUCAACUUUUUUCCGGCACCAGUCUCACCGAAAUCUUGUAUACAUGCCAUAAGAAGUAUGGAGGAGUUGUGAAACUCUGGCUUGGCCCAACACAACUUAUGGUCUCAGUUGCGGACACAGAACUUAUCAAAGACGUACUCUUGAAGGCUGAGGAUAAGCUGCCUUUGACAGGGAGGGCUUUUCGUCUUGCUUUCGGAGAAUCAAGCCUUUUUAUAUCUUCCUUUGAGAAGGUGAAAUACCAGCGGAAAUCAUUAGAAGCAAGGCUUGGUGGUGCUACCUUACUUGAGAGGGCAUGCUCGAUUUCAACACAAGUAUUGGAUCAUGUCGUAGAAAGGUCUCAAAUUGCAACAGGCAAUGGCGGUGUAGACUGUGAAGUUGUUGCUCAGCAUCUAGCUUUUUCUAUCCUAGGAACUACGAUAUUUGGAGAUAAAUUUCUGGUUUGGUCUAAAGCAACUGUUUAUGAGGAUUUGCUAAUGAAGAUUGCCAAGGAUGCUUGCUUUUGGGCAUCUUAUGGUGUUGCUCCUUUUUGGAAACACGAAUUUUGGCAAUACAAGGAUUCGUGUAUUCAGUUGAAGUCCUUAACCCAAGAGCUUAUCAAGGAGUGCAGACACACCUGCAAGUCAGAAUUAUUACAGGAUUCUGGUGGUGAUGGGGAGAGGGAGCAUGAACCAUGUGGGGAAAUAAUAAGUCUGAUGUUUCAUGGGUCUUUGACUUUGUCGGCUUUAAUUGCUAAUAUCUUGUCAAGACUUCUGACACAUAGACACGUACAGGAUAAGAUAUAUUCAGAGAUAGUUAUGGCAAGAAAAGAUGGGACUAGACCUGAUCUGCAGACAAUGGAUGGGUUGCCUACUCUCUUUGCAACUAUAUAUGAAUCAAUCCGCCUUCUUCCUGCUGGUCCACUUCUGCAAAGAUGUUCUCUUCAACAUGAUUUGUGUCUGAAAAAUGGUAUUGUGAUACCUGCUGCUGCAAUUGUUGUCGUGCCCGUUCAGUUGGUUCAGAUGGACAGUUUAUACUGGGGAAAUGAUGCUAGCAAGUUUAACCCAUGCCGUUUCCUUUCAUUGCAUGAUGGAAAAACAGAAUUUCUUACAGUGCCAAAUGAGUCUGAAGCCUUUCUUCCUUUCGGUUCUGGUGCACGUGUCUGUAUAGGACAAAAGCUGGCUGUCCGAGCAAUCUCAUCAUUGUUUGCCCCUCUACUUGAGAACUAUGAGAUAAACCUUCAACCAGGAUCUGAAAAUAACCCGAAACCCGUGAUGAAUAAUCAUGUUCUCCAGUUUCUUCCAAGUCCCAACAUAGUUUUUUCUAGAAGAAGCACCUGAGAAUCGAAGGUUCGUUCAUGUUCGUAUACUACAAUUAAAUUUCAUCUUUUUCGGCAAUCCCUCGCCUUGCCAUGCACAUCGGAUGCAUGAAUAUACCUCGCAUGCUUUCUUGUAGUUUUUGCGGCCCUGGUGCCUUCAUGUUGUAAUAUCAUAUGAUUAGGUUUUUUUCGAGCACUAGACCUCUGUACUUGGCCAGGUCUCCAUGUUUUCUUCCCUGUUGUGGAAGUUUAUCAACUUUUUUCUCUCCAGUGAGAGUUAUUGUGUAAUUUAGGCGAGGCCUGUAUUGUUGUGGAUAUGUAGUAUUAGAUCGAUGGCUAUAUACAUCUUGGAGUCGCUUAUUUGUGUGCGAAAAAUGGCAUAUCUUUGUGUAAAGAAUAAAGACAUAAGCCAAUUCAGUAUAUUUUAUCCUGAUUG